AUGGCAUCGCAUACCGCAUCGCAACGCUACCUGAGUACCAGAGGAGGCUCCUACGACGACGUCGUGCUCAAGGGUCUCGCAGCAGACGGUGGUCUGUUCAUCCCUGAGGAGGUUCCUGCUCUGCCCUCAGACUGGCAGUCCAAAUGGCGCAACCUCUCCUUCCAAGAGCUCGCCUUUGAAAUCUUCAGCCUGUACAUUUCCGGAAGCGAAAUCCCCUCCGCCGACCUCAAAGAUAUCAUCCACCGCAGUUAUGCCACAUUCCGCGCCAAAGAUGUCACACCCGUCGUCACUCUCGACAAGAGCAAGAACCUGCAUUUGAUGGAAUUGUUCCACGGUCCCACAUUCGCUUUCAAGGAUGUCGCACUCCAAUUCGUUGGCAACCUGUUCGAGUACUUCCUCGUGCGCAUGAACAAGGGCAAGGAGGGCACUGAUAGACAACAUUUGACCGUUGUUGGUGCUACUAGUGGUGACACUGGUUCUGCUGCCAUCUACGGUCUGCGCGGCAAAAAGGAUGUUUCGGUCUUCAUCAUGCACCCCAAGGGCAAGGUUAGCCCUGUUCAGGAGGCUCAGAUGACUACUGUUCUUGAUGCCAACGUCCACAACUUGGCUGUUGAUGGCACUUUCGACGAUUGCCAGGACUUCGUCAAGGCUCUCUUCGGUGACGCCGACAUGAACAGCACCCACCGUCUCGCCGCCGUCAACUCUAUCAACUGGGCCCGUAUCCUCGCACAAAUUACCUACUACUUCCAAUCAUACUUCACCCUCGCCCGCUCGCUCGAUACCGAGAACCCUCAAGUCCGCUUCGUCGUCCCCACUGGCAACUUCGGUGACAUCCUCGCCGGAUACUUCGCCAAGCGUAUGGGUCUGCCUGCCGAUAAGCUCGUCAUUGCCACAAACGAGAACGACAUUCUGCACCGUUUCUGGCGCAGUGGUCAUUACGAGAAGAAGCCUGUCCACGGCCGUGAGGCUGAGGGUGGCUUCGAGCACGACGGCGCAAAGGCACAUCUCGAUGGUGUUAAGGAGACACUAGCACCCGCCAUGGAUAUUUUGGUCAGCAGUAACUUCGAGCGUCUGCUGUGGUACUUGUCAUACCGCGUCAACGGCAGCGACAACGUUACUGAGCGCCGCAAGGCUGCCGGCGAGCAAGUCAAGACCUGGCUGCAAGCACUUAAGACCGACGGCGGUUUCGGCGUCGAGAAAGCCAUUUUGGAUGCCGCACACGAGGACUUCGAGUCUGAGCGUGUAUCAGACAAGCAGACUCUUGAUCAGAUCACUCAGACCUACGCUUCAGGCAACGGCAUGACACCUGUUGGGGAGAACAGCGGCGCCUACGCUACACAGGGUACCGUCCACCAGGGCAAGUACAUCCUCGAUCCCCACAGUGCCAUCGGUAUCGCCGCUUCGCUGCGAUCCAUCCAGCGCGCACCCAACGCCCACCACAUUGCCCUUGCCACUGCUCACCCUGCCAAAUUCUCGUCCGCAGUCGAGACGGCGCUUGGUGGUCAGGAAGGUUUCAGCUUCCAGGCUGUCCAGCCCGAGCAGUUUGUCGGUCUCGAGCAACAGCCUCGUCGUGUCACCAUCGUCAAGAACGGCGCUGGUUGGCAAGAUGUUAGAGAGAUUGUUCGUGAGGAAGUACAGCUCGAGAUGGAAGGCAAGGCCAGCAGUGGUCCUGGCGAGAUCGUCAAGGGUUAA